UGCUUAAAGAGUUUUUAUACAUAUAUAAUUGACUAUUUAACUGGCUAGUCUUGUAGAUAUAACAACAUCCCAGUGUACAUAUAUCGUAGAUUUGUUGAUAAAUAGUAAUGUGUGAAGAGGAUUUCGUGUAAUAUAUAUUCUAUAAAACUCGAGGAAGAUAAAAUCAUUAUUACAUUGAAAAAUGCAAUAAUUCAAGUACUGAAUAGUACAUAGCACUAUUGGAAAUUUAUAUAAUUCCAAAUUACAACUGUUUGCUUAAAUUGGCUCGAUCUUUCAACAAAUUUGUCAAACGCAAAGUAUAAAUUUACGCAUUGAUUCCGUUGUAUUUGAUUUUAAUGCACUUUACGGGAACAAAGAUGUGAUUAUAUAUAUUUCAUUCAACUAUGAAUCCGUUAUAAUUUCCGACCUGCGAGAAUUACGGCAAUUGAUACACAUUCUCUUACUUUCUCUUACAUAUAAGCGAGAUCGCGAGAUUCCAUCUAACAAUGAUAUUUUCUUAUAGCGUUACGGGCAUUUUCAAGCCAAAAUACUACAUCUACAGCAAUUAUUGUCAAUUUCCCAGAGCAUUUAAAUGGCACGGAUCGGCAAGAUAUGACGAUUUCACUUCAAUCCCAGCAGCCAUUCGGCUACACCGAGAUAAUAGACGGUUUGCGCUAUUCCAAACAACGGCGCUAUGACGAUCAUUCGGCAAGCACCGCCUUUGAAGAACGCUGUCGGUCCCUCGUUUUUAAAUGUCUUCCUACGAGUCAAGAGUAUAAUUAUUACAAGAUGGAAAUUUAGCCAUGAUUAAUAAUCUCAAAGAUAAGUUUGUCGACGAGUAAACAUUUGACUUCAGUUAUACUCACGUUAUACAAUCUAAUACUCCGUUGUACGUUGGUUCACCAGGUGCUUUUUUGAUAACUUGCAAUCUAGUUUUGAUUACGUCAAAUGGAUUCACCAUUAAUGCGGCCGUUGAACCAGCAGCGCAUCCGGCAAGGAAUGAACACCAGAAUACAGCUAAUGAGAGAAGAGUAUUGAUUGUUUAAUUUUCUUAUUUAGAACUGAUGGCGUAUCUUAUUAGCAUAAGAACGCUUACAUGAACCGUCUUCUCGUUUCGGACCGAGAUCGUUCAACCUGGCGAAUAGAGGAAAGUAAAUAACGGAAAACGUAACAUCUCUGAGUGCCGUGGCGCCGGUUCCCUGAUACAGCCCAAGUAUACCUCGUUUCUUAAGUAGAUUCACCGUCAAUGACCAAGCAGAUAUCUUCGGUACUGUUUUACCCGCUGCAACAAUAGAAAAAAGGCUACAAUUUCCAUUAUAAAGGUAUCAAUAUAUGCAAAAAUUUCAGAUUUGUUGGAAAUAUUCUCUUGAGGAAAUAUUCGUCUUGAAAUAUACACAACUGAGAGUAAUUUGCUGUUUAUUACAAAUGUGCUAACUGUGAUACUGCCAGGAAGUGCUAAACAGUAGUCAAAAUAUUGUGCCAAAACCUGAAGGCCAUUUCAUAAAACACUUUAUACAUAUAUACAUGCAUCUUGCAAUGUGCAUCUUGUCAAUCAAAUUGUACUUGACAAAAAAAAAAUAAUGCAACAUAUACUUUUACGACGUUUACAUUAUCUAGAAGAAACUAUGGACUAUGCUCUCGGAAUUAACCGUGAUCAGCUGAUCCGAGUUGAUCUGUCAUUUAUCACGAUGGAAGGAUCGCGUUCUCACGCGGGCAGCGAAAUUUCUGCCAAAAAUCCGAAUAAAUGACGCAUCUGUCAGGAAUGUUUUAACGUAUCUGGCUAACAGUUGCCAGUAUGGAAAAUCUAUAGUUUGCGUCACGUAUAUUAUAGAUUUUUAAGAGGCGGUAUAAAUUGGGCACGCUGAUUGGCCAAAUUUUUGAAUACAAAGGAUUGCAAUUGCGAAGCUGAAAACUUUAUUCACAUUUACAAUAAUGUUUUGCAGUCUUUAAAUAAACGGAAAUACGAAAAAACAGUGCAGGGAGCAGUGUAAGUGCCAAACCAUGAGGGAUUAUAGCAGAGCAGCAGUGGAACAUUAAAUGGAUAUAUUGAAGCAGAGAGGUUUUGAUAAUCGACUCAAUAUAAUGUAACUGCUGAAGAAAUUAUCACAGACUUCUAUAGAAAUCUGUAGAAAUUAUACAUACAAAUAUCGUCAGGAAAAUAUAAUAUAAAUAGCGUGAAAAAAUAUACGCAAUGUACUGUGCAUUAUAAAAAAAUGUUCACGGAGGAAAGAAGAGCUAGACAUUAUUGUAAGAAUUCUGAAGAAUGGAAAAGCCAUUUGUGUCAGACCGGGACUGACUAAUACUGACUUGAACUACUGGCAGGGAAGCGCCGAAAAUACUGAACGCUAAACGUUUUUAUUCGAGUACAUGGCAAAUAUCAAAAUAACAAUGUAGAGACACUGACAAUGAGCAAAAUGGACUCUUAGAAGAAAAAUGGAUCUAGAUGCCAGCGGCAAUAACACCCAAGAAUUCUGUGAUGUUCAGUACAAACGUUUCGUCGCACCGUAUGGAGAAUUCUGGUGCAAUCCUGUAUGGGAUUCGUUGCUCUGUUGGCCGCCAACAAAAGCCUUUACCACAGCAAAACAACGAUGCCCUUUUGUGGAUGGAUUCGAUACAACUAAAUCCGUGGAGAAAAAAUGCGGCUACAAUGGACGUUGGGAGUCGCAGAAUGGCACAAGCACGGAUGAAGAUUUACCCACCGGUUGGGCGAACUAUACCACUUGCUUAACACCAGAAAUGCUGUGGCUUCAUUUCAGGGUCUACAACAAUAAUAUUGAAGGCGAUAUGAAAAUGGAAAUAGCAGAAAAGACCCGUACCCUGGAGUUUGUUGGUCUUAGUAUUUCUUUGGUGACUUUACUUGCUUCCCUGUUGAUCUUCUGUCGAUUUAGGUCCUUACGAAAUACGAGGACCAGAAUCCACAAGAAUCUUUUUGUUGCCAUGGUUGUGCAGGUGCUAAUCAGAUUAAUACUGUACAUAGACAUUGCGAUUUUUCGAAGAAAGCCACACAGCCUUCAACGAGGAAUAGGAAAUACUCCGGUGCUAUGCGAAGCCACUUACGUGCUACUAGAAUAUGUGAAGACCGCGAUGUUUAUGUGGAUGUUCAUAGAGGGUCUAUUUCUGCACAAUAUGGUGACUGUGACAGUCUUCCAAGAGACAUCUUAUUACCGAAUGUAUCGAUUCAUUGGAUGGGGAUGUCCGGUGCUGAUGACCUUGGCUUGGGCUAUCAUUAUGACGUUUUAUUAUCAUCCAAAAUCAAAAUUUCUCAGGUGCUGGUCAGGAUACAAUUUAUCGUCCUUUUGGAUCCUCGAGGGACCCAGAUUUGCGGUUAUAUUGCUCAAUUUCUUGUUUUUGCUGAACAUUAUAAGAGUGCUCGUAGUGAAGUUACGACAGAGUCAUACGAGCGAAAUUAAACAAGUUCUAAAAGCCGUGAAAGCGACCGUGGUACUUUUACCAUUAUUAGGCAUCACUAAUAUACUCUUUAUGAUUGAGGCCCCAUUGGAUAACGUAAGCAAGUUCGCGGUCUGGUCAUACUCGACGCAUUUUUUGCGAUCAUUUCAGGGCCUUUUCAUCGCGACCUUUUAUUGUUUCCUUAAUGGCGAGGUACGACUCGUUUUGCAUAAAACUAUUGCCGUUUAUCUCUUUCUAAGAAGAGGCAAUCAGAACAGAAAACAAUCGACCUUCAGCUGUCAACCUCAUCGAAUAACUUCGACGGUGAUCGAGAUGGAAAAAGAAGAAACGAGGACUUCUGGUUUAGUAAGAUUGUGCUGUCGCGACGGAAAUACUUCACCACUAGAUCGAUCUGUCGAAACACAAGGACAAAGAGAUAGGGAGAUUGAAUGCGCAUUUCCUCGAGGACGGGCAUCUGAUUAAAGCAAUUACGUGAAUUUCUCGGCAUCCGGUGUCUUCGCAGUAAGAUAAUUCCUUGAAUUGUGGAAUUGAUGUUACAUUUGGAAUUUCAACCGAAGCAAAUGGAGUUUCAUUCAUCGCAGAUUGACACAAUGGGGAUCACGAAAUGACUGGUAUUCUCGUCUAAGAAUUUCUCUACACAUCGAAAGGGAAGCUGACAUUUAACAAGUAACAAAACUUUCUAACUUUUAAUAUAAAUCGCAAAUUCCAAGGCCUUCUUUCUCGUAAUUAUAUAAACUGGUGGUGCUCAAAUAGACAAUGAUAUUAAAUGGAUAAACGUGUUUAAAAAAUUUACUUCUGCGUAAUAAUUAAAAUUAUG